UUCCGUCGCAGUACUUUGAAACAGCCACGGAAAAGAAGCUAGAGAGCAAAUCAAUCUCAGCAAAAGUUUCGAUAAUAUUUAUCAAAGACUUGUUUAAGUGGGACUCCAUCUAGCGAAGCGAUCCGGGUGCACUCGAUUAAUAACGACCUUUUUUAAUUUUUUGUCAAACAACUUUGCCUUGAAUAUCUGCAAUAAUGCGUGAAUGUAUCUCUGUCCACGUUGGCCAAGCCGGAUGUCAGAUCGGCAAUGCCUGCUGGGAGCUGUACUGUCUUGAGCACGGCAUCCAGCCCGAUGGAUAUCUUCCAAAUGGGAAUAACUCCUCCUCCACCUCAAAGUCGACCGAUGAGGCCUUCAAUACCUUCUUCAGCGAGACGGGAUCAGGAAAGCAUGUUCCUCGUGCCAUCUUCGUCGAUCUCGAGCCGACCGUCAUCGAUGAGGUUCGUACCGGUACCUACCGUCAGCUCUUCCACCCCGAGCAGCUGAUCACCGGCAAGGAGGAUGCUGCCAACAACUACGCCCGUGGUCACUACACUGUCGGCAAGGAGAUCGUCGACCAGGUCUUGGAUAAGAUCAGGAAAUUGGCUGACCAAUGUACAGGUCUCCAGGGAUUCCUUAUCUUCCACAGCUUCGGUGGUGGCACCGGCUCAGGAUUCUCCUCUCUUCUAAUGGAGCGUCUCUCCGUCGAUUACGGAAAGAAAUCCAAGUUGGAAUUCGCCAUUUACCCCGCGCCCCAGGUAUCUACUGCCGUGGUGGAGCCCUAUAAUUCUGUUCUCACCACCCACACCACCCUUGAGCACUCUGAUUGUGCCUUCAUGGUCGACAACGAGGCCAUCUACGAUAUCUGCCGUCGAAACCUCGACAUUGAACGUCCCACCUACACUAACCUGAAUCGUCUGAUCGGCCAGAUUGUUUCAUCCAUAACCGCAUCACUUCGAUUUGACGGCGCCCUCAACGUUGACCUAACAGAGUUCCAGACCAACUUGGUUCCCUACCCAAGGAUUCAUUUCCCACUGGCUACGUAUGCCCCUGUAAUCUCUGCUGAGAAGGCCUACCACGAGCAACUGAGCGUUGCCGAGAUCACUAACUCUCUGUUCGAACCCGUCAACCAGAUGGUGAAAUGUGACCCGCGUCAUGGCAAGUACAUGGCCUGCUGUCUCCUGUACCGUGGUGAUGUCGUCCCCAAGGAUGUCAAUGCUGCCAUCGCUACCAUUAAGACCAAACGUACUAUCCAGUUCGUCGAUUGGUGCCCCACUGGCUUCAAGGUCGGUAUCAACUACCAACCACCUACAGUCGUACCCGGUGGCGACUUGGCAAAGGUCCAACGUGCUGUCUGCAUGUUGAGCAACACCACAGCCAUUGCUGAAGCCUGGGCCCGUCUCGACCACAAGUUCGAUCUGAUGUACGCCAAGCGUGCCUUCGUCCAUUGGUACGUCGGAGAGGGUAUGGAGGAAGGGGAGUUCUCUGAGGCUCGUGAGGAUUUGGCUGCUCUCGAGAAGGACUACGAAGAAGUUGGUGUUGACUCUGCCGACGAUGACGCAGCCGACGAAGAUGAACAAGACGAGUACUAACUUCACUUGACGAACUUUAAUUUAAAGAAGAACUGAAACUCUAAUAUGAGCUAAGAAUAAUAAUUUCAUCUUGUACCUGAAAACAUUCACUGAGACUUUGUUUCGGGCUUUUGGAGUAAACUUUGUUUUUAUGAGCCCCCAUAUUGCAACAUACUGACCUUAGCCCUUUUUUCUAGGAUCGCUUUUUUUGCAGGGAAUUGAAAAGAAGGGAAAAGCAGUUCUGUAAACUUCAACCAUCUUGCAAUUAACUAUUGUACGUAGAUUAUUUUUACGGAAUUGCUAAGCAUUUUUUUCUUCUCGAAUCGGAAAUAUCACCUCAGCUCUUAAUUUUGUUAAUGAAUAAAUGUACACUGGUAUAUCGAUAAUAUUCCACCAGGAAAUAACUAUACAUUAACAUAUUCAUGAUCUUAAAAACAUAGAACAGGAAUGAUUGAAACAAUUAAAGCCCUUGACGGAAAUACAACCAACAACUCACUUCCCGCUACAUGAAUUUUCCGCUCCUUAAAUCCUUCCUCAUUUUUGUUUAAAUGUAACGUACAAGGAAUGGGUGUCGAUGUUCGGCCAGAAAGUGUGAUAAUAUUAACAGGGAAGGAAGCUAUUCAAAAGUACUUCGGCAAACAGUACUAAUACAAUCAGUACACAAUGAAAUGUUUUGAUGAAGGAAAUAUUUUUACAGAGUAAAAACAUUACUACAAUGGAUAUAAUAUUGAACCGGUUUUCAGUUUCUGAUAUAGUUUCACGGGAAAUUCAGUUGGGAAACAUGACCCAAAUGUAAAAAAGGAUAAUUACCAUGACCAUGGUGAGUUGAGCUCAAAGUGAAGUUUCUUCCGUUGCUUCAAAAAUUUCUUUGCAUUUCUAAACUUACGAAAAUUAAUCAAAUCACUAGAAAUGAACAUGAAAAUAUAAUUGGAAACAAAAAAUCUAUUUGAAUGGAAUAUGAAUCAUCUUUUAUAAAUGAGGAUCUGAAAUGAUUUUGUUUUUGAUAAUGAACUGUUUGGAAUUAGAUAAGUGAUACAAUGUUGUGUUGCUAUUUGAAAGGACAUUUCGCAAGUUAUGAUUUGAAAAUUAAGGCAUUCCUUUAAUACACCAGUUUAAUCACCUUUGGUUGUGCUAGAGAGAAAUGCUGCUUUUUGUAAAUUGAUUAUUUAUAGUAGCUAGUUUUUGUUAUUAUUUAUUUUGUUUUACGAUGGAAAGCACUUUCUAAACUGUUGCCGUGUACACUCCAUCGGUCCGGUCACACCUUCCCAAACAGACCAAUGGUGUGUCUGAUGUCAUUGAAAAAAACCCGCAAUAGUUCUGAAUUGAUCUGGGCACCGUAACACAAAGUUUAGCGAUGAAUAGCAAUUAUGAAAGAACACUUCUGAUUGGUUCCUGGUCAGUAUUUUUCGCCAAUUGCGCGUGUGAACUUGAUCUUGAUUGGUCAGUUCAUUUAGCGAUUGAUAGCUCAUCUUUGUGUUACGGAGCCAAUUGGUGGAGUCGGUGUCGCUACUUCGACUUAGCCCCGUAACAUAAAGAUUAGACCGAUAAUUUUAAAGAGCAAUUCCGAUUGGUUCCUUGUCAUUCUACUGAGCAAAAUGCGCAUGCAAUGAUGAUCUUGAUAGGCCAAUCCAUAUAGCGAUUGAUCGCUAACCUUUGUCUUACGGGCCUUACUGGUAGUAUAAUAUUGUAAGCGAAGUUAAGAAGAACAGAAACAAAAUCGACGAUUAUUA